AACACACCUCAACAACAACACAUUCUGAGCCAGCAUUGCAAACUUCUAGGUUUCUCAACGUUAGCUUUAUCAAUUCGAAUCUUUGCUAUUUGAGAGAUCUACUGCACCCUUUUCCUUCAAAAUUCUCCAAGAGUUCGAAACCCACUUUUAAUCUAUCAGCUUAAGCACUAGCUUCCCUGCCCAGUGGACAUUGCUUCUUUACGUACCGUUUCGGAAAGGUUACCAAUUCGUUCGUUAUCCGAAUUUCAAGAUGACGACUCGCUAUCGUGUUGAGUGUAAGUCUUCUUGCUUGUUAUGCCGUCAAAUCAGAUACUGACUGGAUGUAGAUGCACUCAAGACACACAGAAGAGACCAGUUCAUUGGUAUGUUUGUAUCGUCAGCUGAGGAGUUUUCUGACUUUUCUCCCCUUUUUGAUCCAUCACACGUAUGGUUUUCUUAUGUCUCAUGCUAAUAGUCAUACAGAAUGGAUCAAAGGUCUCCUUGCUGUCCCCUUUGUGCUUCAUUCUCAACCUACGGGUGUGUUUGAGACUAGGAGAACCUCUGUCGAGCAGAUGGCGGAAGAGGCUCAUCGAAGAUAUGCUGAGAUCAUGCGAGAUGUGGAGGAAAUGAUUGACGAUCACAGUGAGAAUUUUUCCAAGUUUCUUAUUUUCCCUGUUUUUAAUCCUUGGGCUUCGUUGUGGGUGGGUAGCCUAAAACCUCCAAUUCUUUGCACCUAUUAUUACGAUUGGCCAAAACUCUUGCAAUUUGAGUUUUUCUCCCUAGUUCAUUAACCCGAAGACAUUUCUGACACCUACAUUCACUUAUCAUCCUUCACGUCUUUCUAACUUUCUAUCAGUUGCCCAUCAAAACGUCACUCAAAAUGGUCAGAUCCAAUCAAAGCUCAAGCUUCUGGUACCUACUAUCGGCACCUUCUUUACACGACUUCCCCUAGCGGAGGCGUUCAAAUAUCAAGACCGACAACGCUUCAUCUCAUCUCGACGCUUCGUCCCCCCAUCUUUCAAUGAUGUUCGUCUUAUUCUCAAUACUGCCCAACUUCUGGGAUUGACAUCGAGUGGUCGUUUGGACCUGGCAACUUUUGACGGAGAUGUCACAUUGUAAGAGAAGGAUGAGUUGGUUUGUGGUGGGUGACGCUAACACGUGCUAGGUAUGACGAUGGUGAGAGCUUGGAGCCCGAUAAUCCAAUCAUAUCUAGAAUCAUAUGUCAGUGUCUCAUGAUAUCAGCUGUCCUUUGAACUGUCACUAACUCAUAUUUACAGUCCUCAUGAGCAAUGAUACAAAGAUUGGAAUCGUCACUGCAGCAGGUUACACCGAAGCAGAGAAAUACUAUGGCCGUCUUCACGGUCUCCUCGACGCCGUCAAGUCCUCCCCGAAGCUUACCGACGAACAAAGAAACAAUCUAAUUGUCAUGGGUGUGUGGCCCGAUCUCCCUUCCCGUCCUAAUAAAUCACGCAGUAAUCCUAACAACGUAUAUAAAACUCAAGGUGGUGAAUCAAACUUCCUCUUCAGAUUCUCACUCAACUCCCCUCACCUCCUCGAAUACCUCCCACGACGAUCAUGGAUCCUUCCUUCCAUGUCAACUUGGACCCAAGAAACCAUCACCAACCUUCUCAACGUAGCCGAAACCUCCCUUCGCGAAUGCGUCAAGAACCUUUCGCUCCCAGCUGUCAUCCUUCGAAAGGAACGGGCAGUAGGCAUCAUCCCCUCAGUUGCCGGCUACCGCUUUGCACGUGAGUCCCUUGAAGAAACAGUCCUUGUCGUCCAAAAGAAACUCGAAAUGAGUGAUGUCGGUCGACUCCUCCCCUUUUGCGCUUUCAAUGGUGGGAAUGACGUCUUCGUCGAUAUCGGAGAUAAGUCAUGGGGUGUCCUCGUUUGCCAAAACUACUUUGGCAGCAAGAGCGUGGAAAACAUGGAGGGAUCGACUAGUGGAGACAGCAACAGCAUUUUGUCGGAUUGCGGCAUCGAGGCCAUCAGUGGUGAUCGAACACUUCACGUCGGAGACCAAUUUCUCAGUGCUGGUAGCAACGAUUUCAAGGCGAGAGUUGUGGGAACGACUGCUUGGAUUGCGAGUCCGACCGAGACGGUAGAACUACUCGACGAAUUGAAGGAGAUGAUUUCUUUGAAGAGGGAAUCGGAUUCGAAGCAACUCGAGGGUUGAGAAAUACGCCUUCUUUACCGACUCCUCCAUUCGAUUUCUUUCCCGGCGUUUGUUGUCUUCUUUCCCGUUCGGCGUUUGGAGUAUGCACAGCGUUUUUCGUUCACAUUUGCGGUUCUCAUUGAAGAAAAGGCCAUUGCCUUACGAGAUUGUCUUUCUUCUAUCUCCUCCUUUUCCCGAAACAUCUCUUAGGUUGGAUUUGCAUGUUGGAUCUUUCGACUACACAUUUGUUUCUUUUUACACCAUUCCUUUCCUUUCCUAUUCAUUUCCCCUUUACAGUAUCAGAUAUCGACAACCCGACUUUCAGCUCGGCUGGAAGACCAAAAAGACCCAAAAGACAAAACAAAACAACAGACAAACAUCGGUGGCUAUCACGUCACCAUAACAUUCAAGGACUGUUAGGUCUAUUCAUGUGGUAAAGAUGGGAGAUUAUCAAGCUCAUUGCAUUUGUUUUUCUUUUUCCCCUUUCUUUUUCGAGGCGAUGGAGCAUAUGUCAUUAUGGACUGGAAUUUGCCUGUCUCAUUUGGAGUUUUUGCACUGCCGCAUGCAUGGAUAUGGUUGGAGUUAGGGCGUUGGUUGUGACAUAAUAUUCUAUUUGCUAGUUGCGUCACGUAGGGAAGGAUGGAUGAAUGAAUGAUGCGAUGCGAUAAGAUAUCUUAGGACUGGUAGGUCGAGACAAAGUAAGGGA